UCCAUGCACACGCACGCACGGGCACGCGCGCCAGAUGAAGAGGAGGGAGCGAGUGCGGAGGUUCACUCGCUCGCUCGCUCGCUCGUUGGAUGCUGCUCACGCGCGCAGGACGCGCAGGACGCGCGGAACGCGCACGCACAGACGCGCGCACGCAGGUUGUGAGCAGUCAGCCGCGACCACGAUGAUGACGCCAAAGAGGCCUCAGACGUCCCCGGGCAGCGUGCUGUCUCUGCGAGGUGGCGCCAACGCGCCGGGAUCUCCCGCCGCCGCCGCCAUCGUGGCCCGGGUGGACGACGGCGUGAUGGUUUACAAGGACCUGGCGGCACUCCCCAGGGACAAAGCCAUCCUGGACAUCGAGAGACCAGACCUGAUGACGUACGAGCUGCACUACAGCUACAGUCCACUGGGGGUGGCGAGGUCGCCGUCUCCCGGCUCUUCUUUCUCCCCCCCGACCUCUCCCGAGGAGUCCAGGAUGUGGCUGGAGAAAAGCUCUCCUGCCGGUUCCUCGCCGGCUUCCGCCGGCCGGAAACGCAACGGGGGCGACGCCACGCCGUCUUCGCAUGCGCAAAACACGCAAGCUCCCAAGAUCCUGCAGCACUUCCACAGGCCCGACAACGGAAGUAACAUCUACAAGAAGCCUCCCAUCUACAGAAGAGGCGCGUCGUCGUCAGCGCUCCCCGCCGGGAAGCACUUGGAGGAUCUCAUCAUCGAGUCAUCCAAGUUUCCCGCCGCCGAGCCUCCGGAUCCCAACGCUCCCUCCAAGAUCGAGACGGAACAUUGGCCCUGCCCCCCCUCGUCCGCCGUCUUUGAGAAGGAGAAGGCGUGUCGCAGGAGUGAAGGCAGGCGAGAAGAAGAGGAGGAGCGAGAGGAGGAGGAGAGCACUUGGGGCUUGCGAGCGCUUCACAGGCAGGAACUCAACAAGAUUCGCUCCAACAUCGGAAGGAUCAUCCUGAAGGAGGAGCUGGAAAAGUCGGCCGCUCCGCUGAGAAGGAAAACGCGCUCGCUUCCGGACCGCAGCCAGCACGCAGGCGCCGCCACUUCCCGCGCACUUUGUUUCCCAGCAUCCUCUGGUGCAGGCCUAGCCAGAGUGAUUGCAGUCGACAGAAUUCAGCCCGGCCGAGAAGCCUGCUCAAGGUGUUCAGGUAGAGUGCGUCUUCAUCUUUGUGCAGUGUGUCGGCCAUGUUGUGGUGAUGUGUGUGUGCGUUUGUGUGUCAGAACGGAGACGGCGCCAUGGACCGAGGCCGCUCGCUGCCCAGUGUGCUGGAGCACAAGAUUUACCCGUAUGAGACGCUCGUGGUCAACCACAGAGGACGGAAUCAAGUUCCUCCCGGCGUCGACAGGACGCAAUUGGAGAGACAUCUGUCACGGGAAGAAUUCGCCAGCGUGUUUGCCAUGAUGCCGGAGGAAUUUGAGCAGCUUUCUCUCUGGAGGCGCAACCACCUCAAGAAGAGGGCGUGUCUCUUUUGACUUCCACGCACAGCCCGCUGGAGACACGCCCGCUCUACGCAAGCUAACCAGCUGAGAGAGAGACGCUAACAUUAGCAUGAGGUGGGAUUGCUAAAUCACGUUGUUGCUUUCAACUCCGAAAGAAGGAGCUGUCACCGAUGCUAAUGUCGGAAUUGGCGCAACAAUGCUAAAUAGGAUUGCUAAAACAUGUUGAGCAGUUGUGACCUUGUGACUUUCAACUCGUCAGAUCGCUACAAGGGUAGCUAAUAUUAGUGUUAGCGUGACAAUGCUAAUAGCUACAUUGCGAGGAGCUUUCGGAAGUUAAUGAUAGCAGUGAUCGCUAAAACGUGUCGAACCUCAAUCUAUCCAUCGGUCGAAAAGUGGUACAUUAGAUUUGUCAAACAUAACUCAGAUAACAUUUACCACAAUUUUUUUUUUUUUAAACCCCACACACAAAAAAUGUAGCGCCAUUGAAUACGUUUUAACUAACUAUCAGGAACACUUCACUUUUAUUGACGGGCUUCUGAAAUGACUCCAAAUAUUUAGUUCUCAUCUUGGAAAUUUAAAAUGUUUCCAUGUACCCCCCCGCAAUGUGCUCAUAUUUCCCUUGUUAGCUCUAAAGACUGAACCUUGAUUAAACCUGUUAACGGCUACUGUCCAGUUAGCAUUGAAGCUUAGCAUGCUAUCCAGGACUGAAAGCGAAAUCAGCUGACAAGUCCAUUUCAAACAACACGAUUCACGCGUCAGCUUGCGGACUGAUGACAUCACCUUCGCGUGACUUCAGCCAUUUUGCAUCCUCUGUCAUGCGAGUCAUCGCCAUUUUGAACGAUGAUGACAUUUUCGAUAUGACGUAAAAACAACAAGAUUAGCGCUCCGUUUUGACAGCUUGGGAGUAAACGCAAGCCACUAACGACAUGUUUUUUUUUUUUUUUUUUUAAUUUCUAUUUGUUGGAUGUUUUUGAUGACGUUUCUGUGACGUGCUUGCCGCAUGCGUGAUCUUAACAUGUGAGAGGAUCAAAAACGAAUCGGCACCCAAUGAAACAUCACAGUGUGCUCUUUGCUCAUCGGCGUUUUAUUCUUCUCAAUUUCAUCUAUUAUAAGGCAAUCUCAGAGAUUUUGUUGCUCACGUGGCUCAUGUGGAUGACGAAUGUGAUGUGAACGAUGAAAACAAUAAACUUUAUAUUCAUCCAGCUGUUAGUCUAAGAUGGAAUUUGGAUUA